CAGAGGGGGAGGAAAAGGAGGGAGGAGGAGUACGAAGGAGGAGAAGAGGUACAUGCACAUUAACCCAGAUGAAUCCCAGUGAGGAAGCCGUGCUCUGAGUGAUGCGUCUGGUUUUUGACCUGAUGUUCUGUCUGGACUUCUGCCUGUCUGUCUGGAAGGAAUCCAUCCUUUGAAUCCCCCAUUGGCAUCUUCGAUAGAAUACUGUAGAUACUGGCUGGAGGACAACAUGAUCGGUUAUGAGCGUCCCUCUCCAUUAGGCUUCGGGCCGGCUGGGAGGAGUGUGAUGGUUCCCGAACUCCCUGUGCACACACAUACACACACACACCCGCUGACAGCCAUGCCUCAGAGAUACUCCCACCAGAGGAGGAAAGCCAGCACAGCGGCUGCUCGGAGGAUGGAAAGGAGACGCAGGGAGCAGGGGAAAAGCAGCAACAACAACAACAACCCAACCAGCAGCCACAGCCACCGCUCCAAGAAGCUGGCCAUGCUCUCCAGGUCCCUGAUCCUGUGUCACUCUAAGACAAAUGAUGACUGUUCAGAAGCAAGGCAUGCUGGGGAAGUGUCAGAUGGGUGCAGGACCUGGGGCCCAGGCUGCAGGACGGACGGGCCUGCUGUGGAUCAAACCCGGUACAAAGAUACAGAGAACGGACACUGGAGGACAACCCAGCACUCAGCCUUGGAGAGACGAGGAGGCGCUGAGGCGGAUCAUCCAAACACCCUCAGGGAGAACAAACGGAGUAUACGGAGGUCCUUCAGCAUCAAGGAGAGUAGUAUCUGGAGGAUGUGUGUAGCCACAGGGCCCACUGAGGAGCUUUAUGGACCACAAAUGGGUGAUAACAGCGUCCAGACAGAGGACAAAGGCACUAAUGUGGAAACUGGGAGGAAUGGAGGGAACCUAAACAGAGGCUGCAGCUUCCCGAGCCCAGACAAGCUGGCACCCUUUAACGGACAGUUUGUAAACGGCAGCACUUGGAUUGCAGGGGAGGGGAUGAGGAGCAUUCACAUUAAGGCCUACAGUGAGGACCUUUCCACAUGUGAAGACACUCUUCAUUCACGCAGUCUGACUACAAACCCACAGCACCCGGCCGUUACUUCCCCAGCUGACCCUCUGUCCCUGCCUGGAUACACAGAUGAAGAACCCGUAGCCAACAUCAACCACCUCAAGUUACCCAUCCCAGAGGUGAAUGAGGAGAGUUGCUGGGACACGGAGAAGAUUGAGCAGAGCCCACCAGGACAGAUGGGCAGCACUAGAACACGCUCCAAUUCAACCAGUGUCCAUCCCUACUGGAUCGGGGAUCUGGACAGCAUCAUCAUGAAGUCCCCGGAGCUGUAUAGCAGUCGUCCUCAAGGGAAUGGGGGUUUCUAUGGAAACAGGAAGUCUCUGUCCCAGCAGCUGGAGUUUCCUCACACCCCUACACAACCUGUUUCCCGUCCCUCCCGCUCUCUCAGCUCUGCCCAGCUGCUACACCCCUGCAACAACGUGCAAGCCUUCAUCAUCUGUAACGUUGUGCUGAUGAAGGGCCACGGAAAGGGUCUGGGCUUCAGUAUAGUGGGCGGAAGGGACAGCAUGUACGGACCAAUGGGGAUCUAUGUGAAGACCAUCUUCCCUGGAGGGGCAGCGGCUGCUGAUGGACGUCUGCAGGAGGGUGAUGAGAUCCUGGAGCUGAAUGGGGAGUCACUACAUGGUCUGACUCAUGACGAAGCCCUGCACAAGUUCAAACAGAUCAAAAAGGGCCUGCUGACGGUGGUGGUGAGGACCAGCUUGCGUGUGGGUGCCCUGAGGGGCCCGGCGCAGGCCGCUCAGCUGUGCAGAUCCCGCUCCCUCAGCUCCACCGCGGGCAUGGCCCGGGCCAGCGCCGACAUGGGAGACUACAACUACCUUAACAACACGCCGAGUGUCCCGGGCCAUCCUGGGCCUGCUAAGCCCAGAGACCGCGUCAUGAUGGAGAUCAUCCUGCAGAAAGAGGCCGGUGUUGGUCUGGGUAUUGGACUGUGCUGUGUUCCAUCUGGUGACGGCUGCCCUGGGAUCUACAUCCACACCCUCUCUCCCGGGUCAGUCGCACACAUGGACGGCAGACUGCGUUGUGGGGAUGAGAUCAUGGAGAUCAACGACACUGUGGUUUACAACAUGGCGCUGAAUGACGUCUACACAGUGCUGAGCCAGUGUGCACCAGGUCCAGUCCACAUCAUCAUCAGUCGACACCCCGACCCCAAAGUAUCAGAGCAGCAGCUGAAUGAUGCCAUCGCUCAGGCAGUGGAAAACAGCAAACUGAGAAGGGAUAAGAGCCAGUGGAGUAUCGAUGGGCUACGCAGACUGGACCCCGGUUCUCACAGCCGGCAGAGAUGUGAACGUUGUCUGGAGAGGAGUUUUAGUCAGCUGACGGUUCGCAGAGCACAGAAGGCCAUGACGCGCUCCUGCAGCGACAACACCACCAGCCACCAGCACAACCACUGCCUCACCAUACACAACCUCCACAAAGCACACCACAACCCGUCCGCCCGCGUCCACAGCUUGGACACUCCCAAGUCAAUGAGAGAGACAUGGUCUGACAACAGACUGUCGGUGCCAGUGUAUCCUGAUGAAGACUAUAACAUCCCGUACAACUCUGCUGCUGCCAACCUUUCCUGUCAGCAGGCCCUGGAUCUGGCCCUCGGGGGUGAAAAGACUACCUGCAGGGUGCGUGCUGCUCCGCUGCAACACUGCUGGCCUCAGGAUGUGACCAGUGAGGAGGGUUAUAAUGGAGACUCCAGUGGCUCCAGCAGAGGAUCCCCAGUCAGAGAUGGAGGACUGGAGUCGUCAUCACACACCAGUUGCCAGGAAGGAGAACAAAUAAGAGAACAGUCAGAGGGGACCGGAGAAGCUUUGACACAUCCAGACACUCCAGCCUGCACGAGCAACAGACUACACACAGGUGAUCAAUCUGCUGUGCUCUGCUGCCAGCCGAAGAGAGGAGCCCUGAGGAGACAGGCUCGCAUUGACCAACAAACCCGAGAACCGCUUCAGGAGGAUCCCUGGGUUCGCCUGUCAGACAGCUCGCCUGAAGAGCUGCCCGAGAUCCACCGCCACCCCUCCCCCGACGCGGCAGACAGAACACAGCCGACUAACGUCCACAGCAAGCCCUCCGCCAUGACUGAAGAAGACAACAUGCCUGAGCUCAACGGCACAAACGGGACAUCAGAUCUUCCAUCCGACACCACUCCUGAGAACACAUUUGAAACUCCUCCGGGAGCAAAAAUGGCACCACCGGUGGCACCCAAGCCUGUCUGGUUCCGCCAGAGUCUGAGGAAACUUCGUGAUGAGCAGGGCCAGAAGAAGCAAGCUAAAGCCGCCGAGCAGAGGCCUACUGUGGUCUUCAACAGGAGCUCCGGAGUCAGAUCGGCCUCGUCUGCAGCCAACCUGUCCAUCAAGCAGAAGAUCCACUCGUUUGAGACUUUUUCUAGUCCAGAGUGUCCAGAGAAGGGGGGAAAUAAGAGGCCUGUAGCCCCUUCUGCCUCUCUUUCUCUGGAGAAGGAGUCCGAGAGUCCCCCAUUCUCACUCGAUUGUGGGAAGGGUGAACAUAAAAUCCCAGAAGUGAUCCAGGCAUCUGUUAGGGAGACAGACAGCACACACGUCUCUGCUAUCACCUCCUCCGCUUCUGAAGCUUCUAGUCAAACAACAGCCAAGGAAACGGAAGAUAAACCUCCGUCUAUCCAAUCCCCCACAGAUCUCCCACUUUCUGAAACCAUCAGCAAGGAACUGAACUCAGGGAUACAUGAUUCUCAUUCAGCUCCAGUCCACGAUGACAGGAAUGUCUUUCUACCUAAACAAGAGUGUGAGCUAGAGAGAGAGGCUCUUACCAGGUCCACAGAGUACAAAGUCCUGCCCCCUGUGACAUCUGUGAGAUCCACUGAAGCUGAAGGGGAAAGUUCUCCAGAAGGGAUGGAGGAAGAUGGAGCGCAGAGCCAAGGAAAGCUGCCAACUCCAGCCACAGACAGUAACGCGCCGAGAGGCCUGGAGGGAGAGAGUUUAGAUAGAAUCCUCGCCUUCAGUAACCAGGUUUCCCAAGCGUGGAUGCGCUCCCUACCCAUGUCCCCCUGCCAUGGUAACCCUCACACCCCAGACCUGCAGGACCCCUCAGCAGAGGAUUUCACCAACCCUGACCCAGACAGCAGCGACAGAGGCUUCUCUGUCAGCCUGGCCACGCUAAGGGAGUGUACCAUUGAGCGAGGGGAGGGGGGGACUCACGACCAGGCAGCACCCACUUCUGCUUGUGCUCACUCGCUCAUCUCAGCCAUCCCCUCAGAGGAAAUACAGAGGAUGAUCCAGGAAGUCCAAGAUCUGGAUGAAGAGACGCUGAAGCAACUGGCGGACAUCCAUGUUGUGAGCCUGCAUAAAGAGGAGGGAGCUGGGCUGGGAUUCAGCAUCGCAGGAGGCUCGGACCUGGAGAGCAAAGCUCUGACAGUACAUAGAGUGUUUCCCAGCGGCCUGGCGGCUCAGGAGGGUACCAUCCAGAAAGGAAAUGAGGUGUUGUCUAUAAACGGACAAACACUGCGUGGUGUGACACACGCAGACGCCACCGCCGCCAUGCGGCAGGCUCGCAGUCUCAAGCUGGCCGUGGUGGUCGUCUGCAAAAGGGAAGGGGAAGGAAGACAGGACGGCUGCAGGAGCGAAGAGCCCCACCCCGCAGAGGAGGAGCAGGGAGCUCCGGUGAGUGUGGAGCUGGAGAAAACAGCUGGAGGAGUUGGCUUCACUCUGGAGGGAGGAAAAGGCUCCAUCCAUGGAGACAGACCUUUGGUCAUCAACAGGAUUUUUACAGGCGGCGCAGCAGAGCAGAUUGGUCUGCAGCGUGGAGACGAGCUGCUGCAGGUCCAGGGAGUCAGCCUGCAGGACAUGACUCGCUUUGAGGCCUGGAACAUGAUCAAGGCUUUACCUGAAGGAGCCAUCACCGCGGUGAUCCGGAGGAAGCAGGGGGGGGCUGAAUGACACACACACACACAGCUGUCCAGAGCUUCUAACGGAUGAAUGAAUGAAUUAUUACCUGUCUCAUAAACAUGGGGAAAAAAGGAACAAAUCCAGCGCUCUGCUCUUGCUAUAGCAUCACCAGUAAAUUUAAAAAAACGGCUACUUUACAUAAAAUAGUCCGGAGGGACCAAAACGUUAGUAUUUUGUAAAUAAACUGUCAUGCUAAAGCAUGAGCAGAGUGCGGGAUUUGUUCCUUUAUUUUUCCACCUGCACAGUCUCAUAGAAAUCAGGUAUCAGCCAGCCAUGGUGGUUCAACAACAACAACUUCUGAAUACAUUUGUAGUAUUUUUAUAUCACAUUUCUGAUUAGAUUUUGAAGUUAAAGGAGAAUUCCUGUUGAUUUCCACACUUAGCUCUAUCAUUUGUGUAUUUGGAGUGCUGUUAGUAGAGAGAAAAAUUAAACCAAUCGGUGCUGUCUACACCAUGUUAUCCUUCUGCUAGAGUUAGCACCCAACAGGUUUAAACAGGGCAAGUUUUAAAUGUGUUUUUAGCCUCUAAACAUGUUUAAAUGUCAUUACAAGUGCCUACCCAUGUGCAGUGAUUCCUUGUCCAUGUGUCCGGAUUCCUGGGACUAAGCCUCAGGUCUGUGGGUUAUCUUGCACACUGCUGUUUUGUUUACAUCGAAAUUAGAUCGGAGUUGUUAAAUACAGACCCAAGCCCCUGUCA